UGACAAAUGCAUGACAAGACAAGACACUGCGACGUUAUUCUGGUGAUGAGUAAUUUCAUUGUUAGCUGAAAACAACAUAACAUUACACUUUUUCCUAAGAUGUUUUCGUCUAUAUUUGGCAAACGGCGCUCCUCGCCCGUUGAAGAUGAUACGCCACCCAUACCUGGUCCGAAACCUGGAGACGGUUUCGUUAUAGUGAACCCAUCGCCCCCAGGAGGAAGUUUAUACCCAAGCGUGCCUGGCGCUGGAGUUCCAGGGUAUCCUGUAGCUCCGUCUCGGCCAGCGCCUCCGGCUCCUGUUCAGAAUCCCAGUGUGGAGAAUUUCCACUAUCUUCAAGGGGUUCCUUUUUCGCUCUGUCGUGAACUUCAAAUGGCGAACAAUAAGGAUGCAUUCGCAACAGAAAUCAGUGAUCUCUUGGCUUUCUUAACGAACAAGGUUAACAUCAACAAGUACGAGUACGAUUUCUCAAUAGAAAAGAGUGUUCUGAAAGAAUGUUAAAAUGUGAUUGUUGUGUCCAGUUGUUAUGUGCUUUGAACCCUUUAUCUUAAGCAGUUUCUAAAACUAAAAUAAAAUCUAUGUUAUUCGCCAAUAUGCUGUCAUACAAUUUUUGUGUAUAGAAUCAUAAUAUAUACAUUUAGGUUUACUUAUUUAGUUUAAUUUGUUAGUUUAUUUUAAGAUACCUAAUAGAAAUUGUAUUUUUUCCAGUUAAUAAAAUAUAUGGUUAAUAUUUGAACAUUUAAGAAUAGUCAUAAUAAACUGUCUAUGCCUAAAAAUAUUGUUGUUAUAGUAUGUAUGAUUAGGAUUUGUAAAAAAAUAAUAUAUAUAUCCUGUAGUCGCCUAGACAGUAAAAUCUACCAAGAAAAAAUUAGAUAGAAUGGCAAACCUUUUUAUAGGUAUUUGGCAGGUAGAAGCUGAACAAGAAAUAUAGUAGCUAUUUGAAAUAAAGAAGUAGGACAGCAGAUUAGACCUUUUCAGUGUAAGCUGAUGUCUACAAAGAUUAUCCCACUAUGAACCUUUGAGUUUACUUUUACAUUAUUGAAAUUUUAAUAAAACAGGGAAAUUGUAAGAUAGUUAACUCUAAGCUUUCAAUUUUUUAAGAACCAUGUUGAAACAAGGCCUGUGGUGUGAAAACUGAAAAUAUACGCCUUAUUCAAAGGUAAUAAAAAAAGUGGAAAAUCUCGACAUUGUAUGUGUAAAGUUGUGAAAGUUUUAAAUAAGUCAACUAAUCUGAAUCCUAAACCACUGUAGAACCCUUUCACAUUAAAA